GUUUCAUAAGGAGAGACAGAACCACAGCACCUUGCCUGGCGUGAGGACGUGCCUGUAUUGUUAGGGCGUGCCGAGCAACAGUUGGUUCUCACUCGACCCUUAGUGCUGCGUUGACAUGUCGCCCAAGAACGGAAAGAGACCCAUCGUGGACGUGACCCGGACGGAGAGCAUCAGCGCCUGCCAUAGACUGCACAGCAAACUACUUGGAGAUGAGGAGAACAGCAAGAUAUUUGGAAAGUGCAACAACCCCAACGGCCAUGGUCACAACUACAAAGUGGAGGUAACAGUGCGGGGGCCCAUUGACGAGGUGACAGGGAUGGUGAUCAACGUGUCGGACCUCAAGGUGAUCAUCCAGAAGGUGGUCAUGGAAACGUUUGACCAUAAAAACGUUGACAAGGACGUACCAGUCUUCAGGGACACAAAUUUGGUAAGCACAGCAGAGAACAUCGCAGUGGUGAUGUACAAUGAAAUCCAGAAGCUCCUUCCAAGUGGCGUUAAACUGCACCGGGUCAGGCUUCACGAGACUGACAAGAACAUUGUGGAUUACUACGGCAACAGCGAAUGAGCUCAAUGACCUUUUAGGGGAUCAUCACUUCCAGAUGCCAUUCACAAGGAUACAAGUCUUCCACUGCACUACACCAGAGAAGAUUUAUAGAUCAAUAUUCCAUAGCUUUAUUAUAAAAAAUAGAAAUUAUAAUUAAAUCCUAUAUAUCCUCAUAUGAUAUAUGCAAAACUUUCUACUAGGGUUCCUCAAGGCAGUUCAGUGGAAUAGUUUUUUUUUUAGAUAAAUAAGUAGAGGAAUGUACAUACUGAUAAUAUAAUCUCGCAACCUGGACUGCAUUGCCAAACUAUGUAAGAUCAUAUAAAAGAGAUCCUGUAUUUUUCUGUAAACUCAAGAACAACACUUUGAGCUACAGCAAGUGCUUUUUUUGUCCCUGAUGCUAUAUUUGUUUAAUAGUGUACAACUUUAGCGGACUGCAAAGUGUAACUAGAAUAUCCAACAGUUAGGAUUGGACUCAACAAACUGGAUGCUGUUAAC